AGCGGUAGACCACGAGUAGCCUCCGCAGUACAACCUCAGCAAUCCCGCCGGAGAUCGGUUAAACUAAAGACUGGAGUAGUUCGUGAAGCGAUUUUCUUCAGUAUUUUUGGUAAUAACCAUCUCGGGGCCACCCAAUUUCCACCCUCCCUCUUAGUGGAUUUUUAUUUUUAGUUUAAGUUUGUUAAAAUGGCCAUCACAAGCAUGGAUCCGGGACCGGGUGUAGCUGCUUUGCAGUCAUGGGGACCUCAUGCUGAGGCCUAUGGCUCCAACCAUACCGUUGUGGAUAACGUGCUGCCUGAAAUGUUACACCUGAUAGACCCUCACUGGUACCAAUUUCCACCAAUGAACCCACUAUGGCACGGUCUGCUUGGAUUUGUCAUUGGCAUACUGGGCUUCGUUUCCAUCACGGGCAACGGAAUGGUAAUUUAUAUCUUCACAACAACCAAGUCUCUCAAAACCCCAUCAAAUCUCCUAGUUGUUAAUUUGGCUUUCUCCGACUUUCUGAUGAUGUGUUGCAUGGCUCCUGCUAUGCUUGUGAACUGUUACUACGAAACGUGGGUGUUCGGUCCACUUGCUUGUGAACUGUAUGCAUGCGCUGGAUCACUGUGCGGUUGUGCAUCAAUAUGGUCGAUGACCAUGAUUGCGUUUGACCGGUACAAUGUAAUCGUCAAGGGUAUUGCCGCCAAGCCUCUCACAAUCAAUGGCGCAUUGCUGCGAAUUCUUGGCAUCUGGGCGUUUUCACUAACAUGGACUGUAGCACCAAUGUUAGGAUGGAGCAGAUAUGUACCAGAAGGCAACAUGACCGCUUGCGGAACUGACUAUCUUGACAAGACUUGGCUGAGCCGCAGUUACAUCCUGGUUUACUCAGUCUUCUGUUACUUCUUGCCAUUGAUCCUCAUCAUCUACUCUUACUUCUUCAUUGUUCAAGCCGUUGCAGCACACGAGAAAGCUAUGAGGGAACAGGCCAAAAAAAUGAACGUGGCUUCUCUCAGGUCUUCAGAGGCGGCUAACACUAGCGCUGAGUGCAAAUUGGCUAAGGUAGCACUGAUGACCAUUUCUCUGUGGUUCAUGGCAUGGACUCCAUACUUGGUGAUCAAUUUCACCGGAAUAUUUGAAACCUACCCAAUCACACCGCUUGCCACUAUUUGGGGAUCCGUCUUUGCCAAGGCUAACGCUGUCUACAAUCCAAUUGUAUAUGGAAUCAGCCAUCCCAAGUACCGCGCAGCCUUGUACCAGAGGUUCCCAGCACUGGCUUGCCAACCCUCACCCGAGGAAGCAGCCAACGGGUCUGUGGCAUCUGCAGCAACUGCCUGCCAGGAAGAAAAACCAUCAGCGUAAAUACGGACACGACCAAUACCAAUGAACGGCCACGGCGAACUUGUGAUUUUGUAAAAAUUGUAAACUUUGACACAGAACAUGGGCUGAACAAAAUACUCAGGCUGUUGGAUAUUUUCUUUUCUGUAUAAUAUUAUAUUUUAGUAGUCGUUUCAGUUUAUUCCCUUCCAUGCCUGCAUAUUUUGGGUCCACGUUUUGUGCUAUAAGUUGAAAACUGCACACAUUUAUUUUAACCCUCCUGCGCUUCGGUCGGCGAUAUUAAAAAACUACAAAAAAAUGUUUAAUUAAAUGUAUGUCGUCAGACCACCCUAAUUGCCUCGAGACUGCUCCUAUUAGAUGUAUCUAGAAAAUGAUUAUGGACGAUGGAAAACGCUUUGUAACUCGGAUCAAUAAAAUAUAUACACGCAACGUGGUUUACGGCCACUCUAAA